UGGAGAGAGACGCACACACAUAGCGCAUGGAUAAAGAGACGAGGAGGGAAAGACAGAGAAAUAAUAGGAGUGACAGAGAUGAUUGGGAAAAGAAGGAUAGAAAGUAACAGAGAAAGAGAGAGGGUCAAAAAGGGUGGAAGAGAGAGAGGCCCGAAAAAGAGACGCUCGAUGCGCCAUGUGGAAUUCUCAAAUCUGUGGAAAAUGGAGCACGGGAAUGUCGCCGUUUCUGCAUGCGACGGAGAAGACAGAUGAAUUUCGAGGGAGAGAAAAAUAUCAUCAAUAACAAGAGACCGAGGAUGGAGUUCAAGACUUCAACUUCUGCUGUUACGGAGCGAUUAAUCUCGACGUCGUCUUCGUCGUCGGCAGGCUUUCACUUCGAUGUCUCGGAGAAACGCUUGUCGCUCCGAAUAAUUCGAGCCCGAGUGCGAGUGAGACGCCUAUAAAAACAAAUACAUCGCUCCUCUUUUAUAUACGGAACGGCUCUUUCCUCUUCUCUUCUGUGCUGUUUUUUUACUUUUGAAGGAUCUUUAGGAAUACUAUCCUUGUGGUAACGUUCAGCAUGGAUGACGAUGAACCUGCAAUAGUGUCCGGUGACAUAGAGACAAUUGUGAUAAAGCCAGAAUCUAUAGAGUUAUUAUUUGAAAUCGAUGAUCCAAUCUGGUUACAAGAAGAUUCUUCAGAAGAUUCAGAUUUAGAACUUGUGGAUAAUAACAUUGAUGAGUGCUGUUUUGUUACAUCUUCUGGUGAAGUUGUUACUAUUAAUAAUGAGGAUACAGUGCAAACCCCUUUUUAUCUGGAGAGUUAUUUUAUGGAUAACGAUGGAUUUAGAAGUAGAUCUCCUUGUGUGCCCAAUGAGCAACAAAAUGUUAUGGAGAUUGAUAGAGUUACAUGUUAUGAAUGUAACAUAGUAUUUUGCAAUGAACAUAGAUUGUUAGAGCAUCUCAUGACACAUAUUGAUGUUUAUAGGAUGGGUUGCGAAGUCUGUGAUAAGGACUUAAAUUUAGAUGAAAAAUUUCAACUACACAUGAUGGCUGUUACUUGGCAAAGUGUUUACUAUUGUGACUUCUGUAGAAAAUCAUGUGCAGGUGUUGUUAGAUCUAAGAGUCAACCACCACCUCCUGGUAAGACGUACAUGUGCCAUGACUGCGAAUAUCAAACAAAACAAGAAACUAUGGAUUUCCAAAGUAGUAUUCAGCUAUAUCAAAAUGUAGUAAGCAAGAUUACAAGCCCUCAGACAGAACUACCGCAGGAGUGCGCUCCAUCCUUACCCGUGCCACUUCCUCAACCACCCCCAGCAGUGCCACCACCACCGCCUCCGCCUACGGAAGUUCUGCAGGAUCAUAAGCAAAAGCCUAAUAGCGAUGCUAAAUUUGAAGAAUGCGAAUACUACUCGACGGAGAAUUCCACUCCAGAGGUUCAAGACUGCUACGUAUCCCGUAAACCACCAAUAAAGAAAGAAAAUAAAAAGUGCAGAAAGCCAAAACCUAAGGUACAGGUAGUGAGUGAAAGUAUGAAACAAACUUUAAAAAUGUCAACAAGAUCUCAUACAAGAGAGAAGAAUAAAAUGACACGUAGUUAUAAGUGUCGGUAUUGUCCUUUAGCAUUCACGGAACAUUAUAUUCUUAUGACCCAUCUACGUGAAAAGCACAAAUUUCACAAGCUCAGGUACGUAUGCAAGCUGUGUGGCAAGGAAUUCAUGCAGCAGCGAUGCUACGAGAAUCACGUGAGCUUCCAUCAACUCGCUAAGAAUCAUAUGUGUUUUGUGUGCAAUCUCGCUUUUCUCUCCAAGUAUGAACUAGAGCAACAUGCUCAAAUGCAUGACAAAAGCGAGAUUAUAAAUACUUAUUGCGAUAGUCCGGAGAGCGUUGCUUUGGACUUACGCAAAAAAAAAAGUAAGAGUACUAUGUGAAUAGUGACUUACAUAUGUAAGUAUGUGUAUUUUAUGAAAGCGAAUAGUGAUGAACAAGGCUAGUGUUUAUUAUUCGAGUUUUUGUACAAAUUUUUUCAUUUUCUUUUAGGGUGGCUUUC